AUGGCAAGAAUAAAAAGUGCAACAUCACGUACUGGUAUGCUAUUGGAUGGUAACACAACCAGAUUACCAUUAGCUUUAAAAUCGUCGAAUAGUAGAGUGUCAUCCUCUUCAUCGUGUACAAUUGAAUCAUUAUCACCGAUAAAAGCUAAUACUGAUAUAAAUUCGACAUUAUCUUCAAUCAGCGAUCCACCAUCAUUAUUACCUUCGUCAAAAGAAAAAAAAUCAUCUUCAAGUACAAAAAAAA